UGGGUCUUGAGGUGGCUUACGGCUUAUGGCUGCUGCUCUGGGAGAUCGCUGCUCUGGGAGAGCCCAGCUCCAGUCUCCGGUCUUCAGUCUUUCGUUUCUUUUCGUCGCAGCCACAUUGGAGGUUCGCAGAGAGCGGAGAAAAUUCGUUUCUCGUUCUCCUCGUGUCGCCGUCGGAAUCCGAGCUCGAAUAUUGAAUCCGAUAUUGAAUCCCAGAUCCCAGAUGUAUUCCCAAUAAUACACAUCUGAAAUAAGUGAGAAUUCCCAGCUACCUAGCUACCAGUGCAGUGCAGACCGAUCGAGGUGCGGGAAUCCAGGAUAUGACAUCCUGAUAGCUCUGAUUAUCCCAAAAAAAGUGCAAAUCUUCGCCGCGUGUUUGUUUUUUUUCGCGUCGUCGUCGCCGUCGCCGCUUCUCAGUCGGCAGUCUUCUGGCUGUGUCGUCUUUCGCCGCGUCUUCAGAGUUGGGUGGAGAAGAUUCGUCGAUUCUCCACCAACUGGCAACUGGCAACUGGCUACUGCCAACUGCAUUCGUCAAAAAGUGCAAAUUGGGCAUUUUAAUUAAGUUCGGGCGGAGAAUUUCCACCAAAGAGUGCUCUGUUUUGCCACCAAAGGCAAGAAAAUUCAAAAACGAAUACACAAACAUAACACGACAGCAACAGGCAACAAGCAACAAGCAACAGGCAACAACAAAACAACAAAUACCAAGAGUAAGAGGCGAAAAGAAAUAUUGUUCAACAAGUCAAACGAGUUCUUUUUGGCUCGCUUCGGCCGUGUGGCGGCCAACAGCAACAACAGUGUUUUCUGGCAGCGGGUUUUCGCCUUGGCUGGCUUUCUGUUGUUGCCAGUGAGUUUGGGCCUUUGCUGAAAAAUAUUGGCAGCAGCCGCAGCAGCAGCAGCAGCAGCAUCAGGAGCGGCGAGGAAGUGGCCACCAAAUAAAUGCCAUGGCCGUGCUGCGCGUCGCUUGUAGUCAAGAGUGCUCGUAGCUCCUCUUGACCAGCUUCAGUGGAACCAUCCGCUACUUGAGUCGCCAUGGACUCGGCAGAUGCCAGAGAAAAGAUGAGGAGCUCCUCGGGAUCCACGGGAGACCACCACCAACAACUCAAGAACUUCACCAUGUUCCAUCGCUGCCGGAGGCGCUGCCGCACCAGGCCGGCAUCCUCACCAACCGCCCGCCUCCUGCUGCCGAGCAACCUGCUCCACCUGCUCCUGGUCCUGCUGCUGGGAGCCGCUCUGGCCGCGGCCUCCAACGACAAGGAGCGGGAGAGGAGACUGGAGGUGUUCGAGGGCGUGCCCCUGGACCACCAAAUCGGGUACAUCGGAGACUUUGACGGAAUCGACAGUGGGCCGCCGUACAUUAUCGUAGCCGAGGCCGGGGUGGAGACGGAUCUGGCCAUAGACCGGGCCACGGGGGAGAUCCGCACCAAGGUGAAGCUGGACAGGGAGACCAGAGCCUCCUACAGCCUGGUGGCCAUCCCCCUGAGCGGCCGGAACAUCCGAGUCCUGGUCACGGUGAAGGACGAAAACGACAACGCCCCCACCUUCCCCCAGCCCUCGAUGCACAUCGAGUUCCCCGAGAACACCCCGCGGGAGGUCAAGCGGACUCUGCUGCCCGCCAGAGACCUCGACCUGGAGCCGUUCAACACGCAGAAGUACAACAUUGUGUCCGGAAACGUGAACGACGCUUUCCGGCUGUCGUCCCACAGGGAGCGGGACGGAGUGCUGUACUUGGACCUGCAGAUCAGCGGCUUCCUCGACCGGGAGACCACUCCGGGCUACAGCCUCCUCAUCGAGGCCUUGGACGGCGGCAGCCCGCCGCUGAGGGGCUUCAUGACCGUCAACAUCACCAUCCAGGACGUGAACGACAACCAGCCGAUCUUCAACCAAAGCCGGUACUUCGCCACAGUCCCCGAGAACGCCACCGUGGGAACCAGCGUCCUGCAGGUCUACGCCUCCGACACGGACGCGGACGAGAACGGCCUGGUGGAGUACGCCAUCAACCGGCGGCAGAGCGACAAGGAGAAGAUGUUCCGCAUCGACCCCCGCACGGGCGCCAUUUACAUAAACAAGCCGCUGGACUUUGAGACCAAGGAGCUGCACGAGCUCGUCGUGGUGGCCAAGGACCACGGGGAGCAGCCCCUGGAGACCACGGCGUUCGUCUCCAUACGGGUGACGGACGUGAACGACAACCAGCCCACCAUAAACGUGAUCUUCCUCAGCGACGACGCCUCCCCCAAGAUCUCCGAGUCAGCCCAGCCGGGCGAGUUCGUCGCCAGGAUCUCAGUGCACGAUCCGGACUCGAAGACGGAGUACGCCAACGUCAAUGUCUCCCUGAACGGCGGGGACGGGCACUUCGCCCUCACCACCAGGGACAACAGCAUCUACCUGGUGAUUGUCAACCUGCCCCUGGACAGGGAAAUGGUCUCCAACUAUACGCUGAGCGUCGUGGCCACCGACAAGGGCACUCCCCCGCUGCACGCCUCCAAGUCGAUCUUCCUGAAGAUCACGGACGUCAACGACAACCCGCCGGAGUUCGAGCAGGACCUCUACCACGCCAACGUCAUGGAGGUGGCUGAUCCGGGCACCUCGGUCCUCCAGGUCCUGGCCCACGACCGGGACGAGGGCCUCAACUCGGUCAUAAGCUACUCGCUGGCGGAGACGCCCGAGACCCAUGCCCAGUGGUUCCAGAUCGACUCGCAGACGGGCCUGAUCACCACCCGGUCGCACAUCGACUGCGAGACGGAGCCAGUGCCCCAGCUGACGGUGAUUGCCCGGGACGGAGGAGUUCCGCCGCUCUCCUCCAGCGCCACCGUGCUGGUAACGAUCCACGACGUGAACGACAACGAGCCGAUAUUCGACCAGAGCUUCUAUAAUGUUUCCGUGGCCGAGAACGAGCCCGUGGGCAGGUGCAUACUUAAGAUCUCAGCCAGUGAUCCGGAUUGCGGCGUAAACGCCAUGGUGAACUACACCCUGGGCGAGGGCUUCAAGCACCUGACCGAGUUCGAGGUGCGCUCCGCCUCGGGGGAAAUCUGCAUAGCCGGGGAGCUGGACUUCGAGAAGAGAAGCAGCUACGAGUUCCCGGUGAUAGCAACCGACCGCGGAGGCCUCAGCACCACGGCAAUGAUCAAGAUGCAGCUCACGGACGUGAACGACAACCGACCGGUGUUCUAUCCGCGCGAGUACAACGUCUCCCUGAAGGAGUCUUCCCAGAGCCCGGCCCAGUCCUCGAGCGCUCCCGUGGUAGCUGUGGUGGCCACGGAUCCGGAUUCAGGGACCUUCGGCAAGGUAUCGUACAGGAUCGUGAGUGGAAACGAUGCUGGCAUCUUCCGCAUCGACCGCUCGUCCGGAGAGAUCUUCGUGGCCCGGCCGGACAUGCUCUCGGUGAGAGCCCAGCCGACGCACAUGCUGAAUAUCUCGGCCAUCGACGGAGCGGGCUUGAGGAGCAGCUCCGACGCCGUGGUCUUCCUCAGCAUCAUCGACGCCAUGCAGCGGCCCCCGAUCUUUGAGAAGGCCCGCUACAACUACUACGUGAAGGAGGACAUCCCCAGGGGCACGGUGGUGGGCUCGGUGAUAGCCACGAGUGGUGAUACUGCCCAUCGCAGCCCCAUGCGCUACUCGAUUUACUCUGGCGACCCAGAUGGCUACUUCAGCAUCGAAGCCAACUCGGGCAACAUCCGCAUCGCCAAGCCCCUCGACCACGAGGCCAAGUCCCAGGUCCUCCUGAACAUCCAGGCCACCGUGGGAGAGCCCCCCGUGUACGGCCACACUCAGGUCAACAUCGAGGUGGAGGACGUCAACGACAACGCCCCGGAGUUCGAGACCAACAUGGUGCGCAUCUCCGUACCGGAGAACGCCGAGCUUGGAGCUCCGCUCUACGCGGCCCAUGCCCACGACAGGGACUCCGGCAGCAGUGGGCAGGUCACCUACAGCCUGGCCAGGGACUCUGGCAAGCGCCUGUUCUCCAUCGACGCCAGGUCCGGCCACCUGGUGCUCUCCCACCACUUGGACUACGAGACCUCGCAGCGGCACACACUGACGGUAACCGCCACGGACGGUGGCAUUCCGCCGCUUUCCUCCAACCUAACCAUUCUGUUGGACGUGCAGGAUGUCAACGACAAUCCCCCCGUCUUCGAGAGGGAGGAGUACUUUGUGAAUGUUUCGGAAUCACGCUCCAUUAAUACUCAGAUUAUUCAGGUGAAUGCCAGCGACUUGGACACGGGGAACAACGCCAGGAUCACCUACAGAAUCGUGGACGCGGGAGUGGACAACGUCACAACGAGCUCCAGCUCGGACGUUGCCCAGCACUUUGGAAUAUUCCCCAACUCCGGGUGGAUCUACCUGCGGGCGCUGUUGGACCGCGAGACCCGGGACCGCUACCAGCUGACUGUCCUGGCCACGGACAACGGCACUCCAGCGGCCCAUGCCAAGGCCCGGGUCGUGAUCCGGGUCCUCGACGCCAACGACAACGAUCCCAAGUUCCAGCGAACCAAGUACGAGUUCCGGAUCGAGGAGAACCUCAGGCGGGGAUCCGUCGUGGGAGUGGUGACCGCCACCGACCUGGACUUGGGCGAGAACGCCGCUGUGCGAUACAGCCUGCUCACGGCCAACUCCAGCUUCCAGGUGCAUCCCGUCACAGGCGAAAUAUCCACCCGGGAGCCCCUGGAUCGCGAGCUCCGGGAAAUGUACGAACUGAUAGUGGAGGCCAGGGAUCAGGGCACACCAGUGAGGAGUGCGCGAGUGCCAGUGAGCAUUCGGGUCACCGACGUCAACGACAACUCGCCGGAGAUCGCCGACCCCCAGGAGGACGUGGUCAGCGUGCGGGAGGAGCAGCCACCGGGCACCGAGGUGGUGCGGAUACGAGCCAUCGACCGGGACAAUGGCCAGAACGCCUCCAUCACCUACUCGAUCGUCAAGGGCCGCGACUCGGACGGACACGGCCUGUUCAGCAUCGAUCCCAAGACGGGCAUGAUUCGCACAAGAGUGGUGCUGGACCACGAGGAGCGCAGCAUCUAUCGCCUGGGAGUGGCGGCCACCGAUGGCGGAAGUCCGCCGCGGGAGACGGUGCGCAUCCUCCGCGUGGAGGUGUUGGACCUGAAUGACAAUCGGCCGACGUUCACCAGCUCCAGCCUGGUCUUCAGGGUACGAGAGGAUGCCGUCGUGGGCCAUGUGGUUGGCUCCAUCAGUCCCAGCGAGCGUCCAGUGGAAUCAGUCCAGAACUCGUUGGAGCCGUUCUCCGAGCAGCUCCGCAUAACCUACACCCUGACUCCCUUGACCAAGGACCUGAUCGAAGGGGCCUUCGACAUCGACCGCCACUCCGGCAACCUGGUAGUGUCCAAGCUCCUGGACAGGGAAGUGCAGUCCGAGUUCAAGCUGGAAAUCAGGGCCCUGGACACCACCGCCAGCAACAACCCGCAGAGCAGCGCCAUCACCGUCAAGAUAGAAGUGGCCGAUGUCAACGACAAUGCCCCCAAAUGGGCUCAGGAUCCAAUAGAUCUUCAGGCAAAGGAGACCACACCUGUAGGAUCCAUAAUUCACAACUUCACUGCCACGGAUGCGGACACGGGAACCAAUGGGGAGCUGCAGUAUCGCCUGCUGCGAUAUUUCCCGAACGUGAACGAGAGCCAAGAGGCGGCCACGUCCUUGUUCAGCAUGGACCCUCUGACAGGAUCCCUUAGUCUGCUGGCUCCCCUGGACUUUGAGGCCGUCCCGGAGUACCUGCUGAUAGUGCAGGCCCUCGACCAAUCUUCGAAUGUAACCGAAAGGCUCCAGACCUCAGUGACUGUAAGACUUCGCAUUGUGGACGUAAACGACAAUGCUCCGCACUUUGUUUCCCCGAAGGCGGCUAAUGGCAAAGGGGCUUCGAUCUUCAUCAAUGACGCCACGCGGAUCGGCGAAGUGGUGGCCCAUAUCGUGGCAGUAGACGAGGACACGGGGGAAAAUGGACGCAUCACUUAUGAGAUCUCGGGCGGGAAUGGCGAAGGACGCUUCAGGAUCAACCCACAAACGGGGGUAAUCGAGUUGGCCAAGUCCCUGCCCCCCGCAACGGAGGACGAGGACAAGAGCGGUCGCUUCAACCUCCUCAUCACGGCGAAGGACCACGGGGAACCAGAGGCCAAGUCCAGUCAGAUGAGCCUUCAGAUUCUGGUGCAGGGAAACCACAACAAUCCGCCACGUUUUCUGGAAGCCGUUUACGAAGCAAAGAUCCUGGAAAACGCACCAAGCGGCAGCUUCGUUCUGCAGGUCACAGCCAAGACGUUUCAUGGCGUGGAAAAUGCCAACCUGAGCUACGAAAUCCCCGCCGGCGUUGCCGACGAUCUGUUCCACGUGGACUGGCAGCGGGGAAUCGUCACCACGAGGGGCCAGUUCGACCGGGAGUCCCGGGCCAGCUAUGUGUUUCCCAUCUAUGUGCGGGAUGCCAACCGACUGGGCAGCUCCGCAGCCGCCAGUGCCUCGGCGGUGAGGAAACAGCGCUCCUCCGACAGUGUCGACGAGGGACCCGAGGGCCAGCACUUUGAUGUGGCCACUGUGCAGGUCACCAUCGAAGACGUCAACGACAACGCUCCGGAGUUCCGGCCUGGCUCCUGCUACGGAUUGUCUGUGCCCGAGAACACCGAACCGGGAGUGAUUCACACCGUGGUGGCCAUAGACUUGGACGAGGGUCCCAACGCGGACCUGGUCUACAGCAUUGCAGCUGGCAAUCUGGGCAACAAGUUCAGCAUCGAUGCCCGCUCCGGAGAGCUCAGAGUGCAGCCCCUGGACCGCGAACAGCACUCCAGAUACACGCUGCAGGUGCAGGCCGCGGAUCGGGGCAAGCCCACCAGCCGCCAGGGCCACUGCAACAUAACCGUCUUCGUGGAGGACCAGAACGACAAUGCCCCGCGUUUCGAGCUAUCCAAGUACACGGCCAGCGUCCAGGAGGACGCUCCGCCCGGCACUCGAGUGGCGCAGAUCACCGCCAGUGACGCGGACUUGGGCGUGAACGCCAGACUAGUUUACUCGCUGGCCAACGAAUCGCAAUGGCAGUUUGCCAUCGACAGCUCCAGCGGUUUAAUCACCACAAUCGGCAAACUGGAUCGCGAGCUGCAGGCGAGCUACAGCUUCAUGGUCGUCGCCACGGACGGAGGACGCUACGAGGUGCGGUCGGCGUCGGUCCCUGUGCAGAUUCACGUGCUGGAUGUGAACGACAACCGGCCAGUCUUCGAGCGGUAUCCCUACUUAGGAAAGGUCGCCCCCCUCAUCCAGCCAGGUCAGACUUUGUUGAAAGUCCAGGCCCAUGACGAGGACCUGGGCGCCAAUGGCGAGGUGACCUAUUCGCUCAAGGGGGAUGCCUCUGGAAUAAGCGGCAAGUUCCGCAUCAAUCCCAGCACUGGCGCCCUGAGCGCCUCCCAGAGCUUGGCCAGCGAAUCGGGCAAGCUGCUGCAGCUGGAGGUCAUCGCCAGGGACAAGGGCACUCCCCCGAUGAGCAGCGUCGGGCUCGUGGAGCUCCUUGUGGGGGAGGCCACGCCGGGAGCUCCGGUUCUCCACUUCCAGAACGAGACCUACCGGGUGAGAGUGGCCGAGAACUCCGCUUCGGGCACCAAGCUCCUCCAGGUCGUGGCCCUACGGAGCGACGGUCGCCGCCAGAAGGUGCAGUUCUCGUUCGGAGCCGGCAACGAAGACGGCGUCUUCAGCCUCGACGCCUCCUCCGGAGAGGUGCGGGUCAAUAAGCCGCACUUGCUCGACUUCGAUCGCUACGCCACGCCCUCUAUGUCGGCGCUGAAUCGGGGCAGAGCCCUGCACUACGACCCUGAGUCGGAGUUGGAGUCGGAGUCAGAGGAAAGUCUGAUGAAGGACGACUCAAACAACACCACACGAUCCCAGCGCGCACUGACUUCCUCGUCUUUCGACCUGAGGAACACCCAGCCCAACGAGAUCCACCUGGUUCUGGUGGCUCGCAGCGCCGAUGCCCCAUUCCUGGCCGCGUACGCCGAGUUGGUGGUCGAGCUGGAGGACGAGAACGACAACAGCCCGCAGUUCUCGCAGCGGAAGUUUGUGGCAACCGUCUCCGAGGGCAACAACAAGGGUACCUUCGUGGCCCAGGUCCAGGCCUUCGACGCCGACGCGGGGGCCAACGCCCGGCUGCGGUAUCACAUCGUGGACGGCAACCAUGACAACGCCUUCAUCAUAGAGCCCGCCUUCAGUGGCAUCGUGAAGACCAACAUCGUGCUGGACCGGGAGAUCCGCGAUAUCUACAACCUGAAGAUCAUCGCCACGGACGAGGGAGUGCCCCAGAUGACGGGCACUGCCACCAUAAGGGUGCAGAUCGUGGACGUGAACGAUAACCAGCCCACCUUCCCGCCCAACAACCUCGUCAGUGUCAGCGAAGCAACCGAACUGGGAGCCGUGAUUACCUCCAUUUCCGCCAAUGAUGUGGACACCUAUCCCGCUCUCACCUAUCGCCUGGCAGCUGAUUCCGCCGUGGAAGCCGAGAACUUGGACAUCUUCGCCCUGGAUCGGUACAGCGGCAAGCUGAUCUUGAAGCGCCACCUGGACUAUGAGAUGAACCAGGAGUAUCAGCUCGAGGUGAUAGCCUCGGACGCUGCCCAUGAGGCGCGCACUUCCUUGACCAUCCGAGUGACCGAUGAGAACGACAAUGCUCCCGUCUUCCUGGCCCGUCGGCCGCCGUCCUACUUCGCCAUCCUGCCCACGAUGUCCGAGAUCAGCGACAGUCUGUCCACGGAGGUGGAGCUGCUCACAGUCAACGCCACGGACGCGGACUCGGAAGGCAGCAACUCGCGGAUUCGGUACUUGAUCGACCCGCCAGUGAAAGGCUUCUCUGUUCAUGCCUCUAGCGGGGUGGUGUCCGUCAACAUGAGCAGCCUGCAGCCCCCAGCCUCGCCCAGUGGCGACUACUUUGUCACGAUUCUGGCCAAGGACGAGGGAAAGCCUUCCAUGAAGAGCUCCACUCUGCUGCGAGUGCAGCCGGGCGACAGCAGCUCGGGCCGCUUGCAAUACCAGCAGACGCAGUACAGGGCCCAGAUCAGCGAAGCAGCCCCCCUGGGAUCGAUAGUCCUGCAACUGGGCCAGGAAGUCCAUGAGCAGGCCUUCGUCAUCGCAUCGGGCAACGAGGAGGAGGUCUUCGAGCUGCUGCAGUCGAGGGCCAUUGUUUUGGUGAAGCCCCUCGACCGAGAGCGCAACGACUACUACAAGCUGCGACUGGUGGUGAGCCACGCCCACUCCACCUUCGUGCCUGGGCCGAGCUCGAACUCCACUCCCGGACUCUCGGUGAUCAUCACUGUCCUGGACGCCAACGACAACUUCCCCGUCUUCGACAAAAGCGCCAAGUACGAGGCGGAAAUAAGCGAGCUGGCCCCGCUGCGGUACUCCAUUGCUCAGCUGCUGGCCACGGACGCCGACCAGGAGAACAAUCCCAACUCCGAGGUGGUCUAUGACAUCACUUCCGGAAACGACGAGCACAUGUUCACGAUCGACCUGGUGACGGGGGUCCUGUUUGUGAACAACCGCCUGGACUACGACACGGGAGCCACCAGCUACGACCUCAUCAUCCGGGCAUGCGACAGCCACUACCCCAGACCCCUGUGCAGCCUGCAGCCCUUCCGCCUGGAGCUCCACGACGAGAACGACAACGAGCCCAAGUUCCCGCUCUCGGAGUACGUGCACUUCCUCGCCGAGAACGAGCCAGUCGGCAGCUCCGUCUUCCGCGCCCAAGCCAGCGACCUGGACAGAGGUCCCUUCGGGCAGCUGAACUACAGCAUAGGUCCUGCCCCCAGCGACGAGAGCUCGUGGAAGCUCUUCCGCGUGGAUCCGGUGACGGGCCUGAUGACCUCGGACGCCGUGUUCGACUACGAGCAGCGGCAGCGGUACGACCUGCAGCUGGAGGCCUCCGACAUGGGCGGCAAGAAGGCCAGGGUGGGCGUGAGGAUCGAGAUCGAGUCCAAGGAUGAGUUUGCCCCCCAGUUUACGGAGCGCACCUAUCGAUUCGUGCUGCCGGCGGCCGUCGCCCUCCCGCAGGGCUUCGUGGUGGGCCAGGUCACGGCCACCGACGGGGACAGUGGCCCCGACGGCCGGGUGGUGUACCAGCUCAGUGCCCCCCACUCCAACUUCAAGGUGAACCGCAGCAGCGGAGCCAUCCUGAUCAAGCGGAAGUUCAAGCUGGACAGCGACCGAGACGGAAACAUGUACUUGGACGGCCGGCAAAUCAGCCUGGUGGUGUCGGCCUCCUCGGGACGGCACAACUCCCUGAGCAGCAUGGCGGUCGUGGAGAUCGCCCCGGAUCCCCUGGCUCAUCCUGGCACGAAUCUGGCCAGUGCUGGAGGCGCAUCGGGCGGCUCCAUGGGCGACUGGGCCAUCGGCCUGCUGGUGGCCUUCCUGCUCAUCCUCUGCGCCGCCGCCGGCAUAUUCCUCUUCAUCCACAUGCGUAGUCGCAAGCCCAGGAAUGUGGUCAAACCCCACCUCAGCACAGAGACCGUGGGAGUCGGAAACUCCAACAGCUACGUGGAUCCGAGCGCCUUCGACACGAUUCCCAUUAGGGGAGGAAUGUCUGGAGGAGCUGCGGGCGCCGCUUCCGGCCAGUUUGCCCCGCCCAAGUACGACGAGAUUCCUCCGUUCGGACCCCAUGCCGGAAGCUCCGGAGCAGCCACCACCUCCGAGCUAUCCGGAUCCGAGCAGUCUGGCUCCAGUGGCCGCGGCUCGGCAGAGGACGACGGUGAGGACGAGGAGAUCCGCAUGAUCAACGAGGGUCCUCUGCACCACCGGAACGGCGGAGCUGGAGUCGGCAGCGACGAUGGCAGGAUCUCGGACAUAUCCGUGCAGAACACGCAGGAGUACCUGGCCCGCCUGGGAAUAGUCGACCACGAUCCCAGUGGCGUGGGUGGGGGAGCCUCCAGCAUGGCCGGCUCCAGCCACCCGAUGCACAUGUUCCACGACGAGGACACCACCGCGAGGUCGGACAUCACCAACCUGAUCUACGCCAAGCUGAACGACGUGGCGGGAGCGGUGUCCGAGCGAGGGAGCAGCGUCGACGAUGCGGGAACCACUGCGGGAUCCAUAGGAACGAUUGGCACGGCCCACGGACACGGAGUGAUAGGCAGCUACGGAGAAGUCCCAGUGCCCGUUCCCGUAGUGGUGGGAGGUAGUCAGGUGGGCGGCUCCCUGAGCUCCAUCGUCCACAGCGAGGAGGAGCUGACCGGCAGCUACAACUGGGACUACCUCCUAGACUGGGGGCCGCAGUACCAGCCACUGGCCCACGUGUUCUCCGAGAUCGCCCGCCUGAAGGACGACACCAUCUCGGAGGUCAGCGGCCACAGCGGCAGCGGCGCCUCCUCCUCCGCCAAGAGCAAGCACUCGUCGCACUCCUCGUUGGGAGCGGGGAGCGUGGUUCUGAAGCCGCCUCCCUCGGCGCCUCCCGCCCACAUCCCGCCGCCGCUGCUCACCAACGUGGCUCCCCGGGCGAUAAACCUGCCCAUGCGACUGCCGCCGCACCUGAGCCUGGCAGCAGGACAUCUGCCCCGGUCGCCGAUCGGCCACGAGGCGAGCGGGAGCUUCAGCACCUCCUCGGCCAUGUCGCCUUCGUUUUCGCCCUCGCUCUCGCCCCUGGCGACGAGGUCCCCCUCCAUUUCGCCCCUGGGGGCCGGACCGCCCACCCACCUGCCCCAUGUCUCGCUGCCGCGCCACGGCCACGCCCCCCAGCCCACGCAGAGGGGCAAUGUGGGCACGCGGAUGUGAGGAGUGAAGACGCUGGAAGAGGAGCUGUACAUGCAUAUAGUAUUAUCUGCGCACCACCCAUCCACCCACAACACGCACCCCCGCACACCCAUCACUCACAUCUUAGAUCCUGUACAUAUUGCAUCGACACUUUAGGUUAGGACUGCAGCGCCCAAGUGCCCCGAAGGAGGGACAGGCGUGCCAAGGCCGCCAGUGCCAGUAAUGUUAGUCACAUUUUUGAAGUAUCCGAUGGCACUUGCGACCUUGGAGGCCGGUGUCCUUGCGACGGGGCACCAUCGAGCUUAGGAAUACCACACAAAGCCAACAAAGACUCUCUGAAAACUCACUUGCUUGCACACAGAGCCAAGAGCGAGGAGCAGCAGGAGCUUAACAGCCAUACGUUUUAAGCAUUUAGAUCCUAGGCUAGUCUAGACUAGCGACCCCGAACCGAACUCGACCGACCCGACGCUCGAAUCCGUAUCCGUAUCUGUAUCUGUAGGCUAAGCUCGUCGUAUAAGUGUAGUAUAAGUGUAGAGUAGGACUAACUCUAAACUAGUUUUGCUCGUAGGACCCGCCCAAGUGCACUUAGGCGACCGGCAGUCCCUGUUUAAAGGGGAUCAGGCCCGGCCGCAAUUCCCCCACAUCCACAUCCACAUCCCCAUCCAGCCCCUGGGAGCGGGGAAACAUUGUAAAAAGUUGUUGUUUUAGUAUGAUUACGGGGAGGUUGAGCGUAUCGUACCAACGAAUGAUGAACCGGAGGGGAGUCUUUUCUUAUCCAUAUGUAGUACCAGUUAUUAUAGCUCGUAUCGUAAGACCGUAGAAUUCGUUCACUUGUGUGUGAUGCUACUUGUGUAAUUCCGUAUCUUCUAGCAAAAACGAUGUAAAAAUGUCUCCAGAAUUAGGAUCCUCUAGCUUUAAGCCCUUAGUCUUAAAUAGCGAAACGAAAGCAAGAGAAUAAAUAUUUAAAAUGUAAAAAUAA